UUCUUUUUACGUUUGGGAUUUAAAGCUCUUAACCGGGAAUAUCCUUUCUCUCUGUCUUCUCUCUCAGACACUUUGAGAUAAAGAAGAAACAAAGAGAGAGGGAUAGGGCGACGAAGGGAAAGAAGAAGAAGUGUUCCAAAAGGCAAUUUAUCUUCUCUCCCUCUUUAGAAAUUUGUUCUCUUUCUUUUCUUUCUGGUUUUUGAAGGAGAAAGGGCUCAAAGAAAGAUCAAAGAAGAGAAGAGAAAAGAGAGAGGGUAGGGAAUUUGAAACCAAGAAGGAGAAAUGGAAGGGAGAGAAGAGGUAAACGGAUCCAAACCCAGUUUUCCUUUGAGCUUUUGGGAGGUGACAGUGGCUUCAAUGGUGGUGAUGGGGUUUGUUUUGGGGCUUAUCGGCGUUUAUUUAACCAUGCCCGCAUCUGAUUAUAGCUUCCUUAAAUUGCCCAGGAGCCUUGAAGAUCUUCAAAUCCUCAGAGAUCACCUUGAAACCUACACAAGUGACUACACUGUACAAGUCUUGGUAGGGUAUUGUGUAGUCUAUAUUUUCAUGCAAACCUUCAUGAUUCCGGGAACUGUUUUCAUGUCAUUGCUUGCUGGAGCACUGUUUGGAGUCUUCAAAGGUGUAGCUCUUGUUGUGUUCACUGCCACUGCUGGUGCUUCUUCUUGCUAUUUCCUGUCUAAAGUGAUUGGGCGUCCCCUUGUCUUUUCCCUUUGUCCUGACAAGCUGAGCUUCUUCCAAGCCCAGGUAGCUCAAAGAAGGGAGCGACUGUUGAACUAUAUGCUUUUCUUAAGGCUUACUCCGACUUUACCAAAUACAUUCAUUAAUGUUGCUUCACCAAUUGUCGAUGUCCCUUACCAUAUUUUCUUCCUGGCAACUUUUAUUGGGCUCAUUCCUGCUGCUUACAUAACUGUCAGGGCUGGAAUAGCUCUCGGAGAGUUACAAUCGGUAGGGGAUCUUUAUGACUUCAACUCAAUUGCCACUCUUUUCCUUAUAGGGGUUGUCUCUGUCACACCUACACUUAUGAGCAAGACCAAAGCAUAGCAACUGAUUGGCUGAGCAUGCUUGUACAUGGGGCUUCAAUCUUCGGGUAGCCAUUUGGGCUGCCACAACCUUCUGUACAGACUAGCAUCAAAUAAAUGCAAUGUGCUGCUGCUCUUUAUUUGCUUAAUGGAAUUCACGCUGGUUCUACUGAUAUUGAAGAUGGUGAUCUGAGAAGGUGUCAGUCAUAAAAUUCUUUGCCAUGCAUUGUAUUUGCUUUAACCAGUCUCAGGUUGAGUCUGUAUCAGGAGAGGAACAUGAGAAAAGUUGGGGGAAGGCUGUUAUUUGUUGCAAUUUCAAUUUUAUUGGCAAGAAUAGUCUUCAGAAGCUGUAUAUCCUUUUUAGAAGUAUAUUUUAUGCCAAAGAACAUCUUCUUUCUCA